AUGGAAGAGCUGGGCAUCUCGCACACGCAGAUGAUGUCACUCAACGGCGAGAACACACCGCUCUUUCCGCCCAUCAAGCUGCCCGCGCCCGCGCCGCUUACCGACUCGGACAAGUAUUUAGUGCACAAGAUGCGCAUUGUCGCUGACCGCAUGGUCAAUCUGUACCCGUCUGCACACCAAAAGACAGACGCCAGCGACGACGCCGAGAUGGUGCACGUGACCGUGCCCGAGAUGGCCAUGGAAGACCCGCUGGUGUGCUAUGUACCGCGCGAGAUCAACGAGAGCAUGAGCCACGAGCUACUUACGAGCACGGACGGGCGUGCUGCGAUCUUGCGCCCGCGCGCGUUCGAGCAGACGCUCAAGUCGCUCGAGCAAAAGGAAGGCAAGGCCAAGCCGGAGGCUCUCGACGAAGAAGAGGAGGCCGACGAAGACGAAGACAUGGGCGACGAGGAAAUUGACGACUACCAGCAAGACUAUUACGGCUCGGACGAUAACGAAAGCGACGGCGGCUAUGAGGAAGCAUACUAA